CAGUGUCAUUAAAAGCCUUGAUGAUCAAUCUCCUCAUAUUGAAGGAAGUGAAAUGUAACACUGAUGCAUGUCCUGCAUCAAGACAAACUAUGGAUAUUGUUUCAAACUGUCCAACCAGUGAAUCAGAAUGGAGAACAGCUUCUCAAAGAAAAAACUGUUCAGCUUUUGCCAGCCAAUGUAGUGAUCCUGAUAAAUUUGUGUACCAUUGUGUUAUUAAUCCAUUUGUGAAUCAGACACUUGAAGUUUGUGCCUAUGGAAAGUACAUUGUUUUAGGUUAUUGUGCAGAGUACAGCUACAGUGGCAACAUAAUCCAGCAAAAUUAUGACACAGAUUGUUCUAAAUUUACCAACAGUCGUCCAUGUCCCAGUGGGUAUCAUUCUACAGAGGCAUUUAAAUACCCUGGUUGCUAUCAGCUGACAAAGAAAUCAACAGUUCAGAAUCCAACUACAGCACCCUCUGUCCAUACUUCUGACACAAACAUGCUUGUAUCAACUCAAAAUACAUCCAUAAUUGAAGAGCCAGGUAUGGAACAUGUUAAUGAUGACUGGGGAUAUGUCAUUGGUGUCAUCAUUGCAGCCAUUCUGGUCAUUUUGAUUGGAAUUGCUGUGGUAAUUUUUGUACUUAGACGACUUCGACCAAGAUCUAAAGAACAUCUUCAUGAAAAAGUAAUGGAGAAUGGUCAACUCAUGAUGGAAAAUGAAGAUGCAGAAACUGGAGGAAAGAAUACACAACCAGUGGAUGGGAAUGAACAUUCUGCAGAGAGAAAACAAUUAUUACCAUCUGGAAAACCUGUGGAAUCUGAAAUUGCAAGAAAAAUAAUACAGUCUGUGGAGGAUGGAGAAAAUUCAGGAGGAAGAUUGUCACAGGUUGAUGAGCAGCCUAAUGACUGCUAGAAGGAAUUACAGAGUAUCGGUCAACACAAAUCAAUACUGAUGAUGAUCAAAAACUGGAGAUGACAACAAGCGAGAUCUAUGAAAAUUCACCAUACUUUUCCACUGACUCCAGUGCUUUGAUAUAGAAAUAUAUUAAAGAUCUACAAGUUUCUCUCAAAAGAUACUUUAAAUAAGAAGAUGUGAUUUUGUCACCAGAAUAAGCAUCAAUGCAAGGUUGUACAACUU